AUGAAGCUAGUCAGAUUUCUUAUGAAAUUGAAUCACGAGACAGUUACAAUAGAACUUAAGAAUGGUACUCAAGUUCACGGUACCAUCGCUUGUGUUGAUGUCUCUAUGAAUACCCAUUUGCGAUCAGUUAAACUCACAAUGAAGAAUCAAGACACUAUAAGUAUGGACACACUCACUGUUCGUGGCAAUAAUAUUCGCUACUUCAUUCUUCCUGACACCCUUCCUUUGGACACACUUCUUAUUGACGAGGGACCUACUAAGCGCAAACCCAAGAAGGAAAGCAUUUUAAAUUCGACGCGCGGGCGUCGUGGUCCCUUGGUCCGUGGAAGAGGCAGAGGUGGACCACGUGGUCGUGGGCGCGGUGGUCCAAUGCGUAGAUAA